AUGAGGUCAUCACACACUCAAGUAGCUGUUCUCAUUUUGAAGCAGAUUGAAUCGUUCAAACCACAAAACUCCUCGACCGAUACAACAGCUCGACUAGAGCUGACCAUUCAAGAGUUGAAGAACCAAUUAGCACAAUCAGAUGCAUCGAAUAGAAAUCUACAGGCCUAUCUCUCCUUCCUGAAAAGAUCCUACAACUGCAUUUUUGAAGCAGAUGGCACUAGCAAAGGCGCUGCUCAUAUGGUAACAACUACUGCUGGUGCUUGUGUGACACCAGAAGUUCGCGCCUCAGAGGAUACCACUGCGGUGGUAGCCGAAUAA